CUUGUUGGCGUGCUAUACGUGGUCUCUGACAGGCACCGAUGAGGAGUUCCGUUGUUUUAAUUUACGUUAGAAUACUUGAUUGGGAAUUAUAGCGUCUUAUCAUCUACACAAAUAAGCAAGAAUCUAUUUACUUUUGUAAGCAAAACGACGCAUUCUUCAUUUUGGUCGGAUUACUAGGAUGUCACAAUGCCGGACACAAAGAUUAUGUCUUCUGCAAAUUACUGUCGCGUAUUUAGCACUACUACAUGUAGCGGACGCAUAUACUUACCUGGAUUUACCUCGGUGUCGCGAUGUAAAAGGCGGGGCAAUGAAUGCUGUGGAUGGGAAAAAUUCUUCAUGCGUUUAUUACCAGUGCAAGAUGACCGAAGCAGUUGUGGAUAUACCUACCGAUUUACUAGAAGGUUAUAAAAAUUAUUCUAACAUUGUUCUCGUUACAAGCUAUGGAUGUUCAGUUCGUGAACAUAAGAAGAUAUCUGAAAAAGGUUUUAAUUUUGUUCGACUAAUAGUUCCUUACAAUGGAUGCAAAACUGCAGUCCAGAAAGUCGGAAGAAAGAUUCAUUAUCACAAUAAUCCGUAUAUAUCCUACAUAGGAGAAAAGUGGUUGUUAUAUUUCGUCAACACGUCAUGCACUGUAAAAUCAAAAUUAUUACUUCCUAAAAUCGACUGGAAAUCGUUGCCAAAGUGGCAAGGAAAAAAAACAGAAUGCUUUUCGAGUAGUCUAUUUUUCACAAUACCUGCAGCAGGAGACCUCACCGUGACAGUCACGUUCUUGGCAAACGAUAAAGAGUCAAUGAUGAUGACCCGCGAGAUAAAGGUUCCCAUAGUGGAGUUCAAUCAAGAUGGGAAGUCGAGAAUUGUGAAAGCUAAUAUUAGUUCGAAGGUUUGGAAAUAUAAUUUGCUGUCGUACAGCAAAUUCAGAAUAGAAGAUUUCCCUCUUGGAAAAAUAGGAAAUCAUAAAGCGUUUGGUAUUUGGCUCAAAGCGGAGGAAAGACCGGUUAGCGUCGCGUUUACUGGGAAAAGUGGGUCGGCAUCAGCUUCUAUUCUCCCAAAUUGUGCUUUGGGUUACGAGCAUGUCGUUGUGUCGUACCCAUCGCAAAAAAGCUACGUUAUCAUCGCUGCUGGAUACUCAUUCGCAUGGAAUCAAAAAACGAAAGUACAAGUAUUUGACAAUGUAGGAAACUCUGUGCUGAACACAAGUCUUACUGUUCUGCAGACAACGUAUUUGCGCGAUGUCCGAAAUGGCUAUAUCAUAUUCUCUGAUCGUCCGAUUGCUGUUUUUACUGUAAUGCUGGACGCAAAGGUAUCUGCAAAUAAUUCGACUACGUCAAAUUUGGUAUCUGAUCAUAUGGCAGAGCAGUUGCUUCCAGUGAGUUUGUGGGGAUCAAAGUAUGUCGUGCAUCCUUCUUAUUUUGGAAAUGAUGAACCUCAAUCCGGAUCUUUACUCAGAUUAUUGUCGUAUAAAAGAACAGUUACAUUGCAGUAUCUGGGUAUCAGUGAAUCAAAAUUUCCAGACACCAUUCCUCCGAUGUCUCACAUUGAUCUUGACAUUCCGGUCGAUGCAUCAUUUGUUGUGAAAAGCAGAGAUGGAACUAAUUUUAUGGCUGUUAUGAUAGGAAAAAGUGGAACAUUGAAAGAAUCUGGCAGACGACCCUACAUGAUCAUAUUACAGUCAACUGAAAGUUUCACUCCAUUCAUUCACAGUUAUUCUGAAAUGGAAACACAGAUUAAUAUUGUGGCAGAGACUUCUUCAAAAUCAGAAAUUAGCAUCAACAACAUCUCGACAAAAGUACCUGAAUACUACUGGACAGACAUCACAUGUCCAAUGACCCCAAACACAUCAUGUAAACAAUCGAAUUAUACCUACUACCAAUUGGAAUCACUACCCGGAACAUCACCAGUAAUUUUUACAACUGGAGAGGUAUUUGGUGCAACACUUUUUUCGCAAAAUUCGGGCAAUACAAAAGGAACGACCGCACAUUCUGGGCCAUCAAAGUUUGUACAUCAGCAAGUUCAAGAUGACAAAUGUGGAGUCGACUGGACGUUUUUUCCUGGAACAAAACAGUGUGUAAAAAUCGUGAAGAAUAAUCUUUCUGUUUGGGAUCAAGCUGCUGAGAUAUGCAAUCAAAUUGAUGGAAUGAAUUCGUCUCUCAUUACUAUAAAAACUUUGGAAAAGGAGAUUUUUGUGGUGAAACUCGCUGGUCUGAUGAGAUUGUAUAAUUUUCACAUAGGAUUCAGAGGGUUGGAUGCAAAGUGGAUUACUGGAGGAAAAGUUUUAUCGCAAGGAAAGCCCAUUACACCGGCCACUAAUUUGGCUAAUAGUUGUGGAUACCUAACUCUUCAGUACAGUACGAAUUUGAUAAAGGGAUACAAGUUGUCUCUGGGUCGCUGCUACAAUAACCUGCCAUUUAUAUGCCAAAAAGAUGUCCCAGUAACUGUAGCAAAGACCAUGAAGGCAGCUGAGACCACAACUGCAUUUGUUACAACAGCUAUGGCAAUUACAGCCAUCCCUACUCUGUGCCAGAUGAAUCCUUGCUUAAAUGCUGGAAAUUGUACUGCUGUUGAAAAUAAGGAAAAAUGUACUUGUACAAUGCAUUACACUGGACCAUAUUGCGGAGAGUAUUUGCUACCUCAAAAUGGAGUUUAUGAAGUCACUGUGGAUAAAAAUAUUCCUCUGAAUUUGUUAAAGAAACAACACCGCUACAAAAGGGGUGGUAGAAAUGAAAACCAGAAACUAUUUGAAAUUACAAGGUUUGGAAACAUGCAUGCCUUCCGAAUAAUAUCUGGAUGUCCUUCAUCACCAUUGUGUUAUGGUUGGCUGACUAAUGAUGACUUUGGACAAGUUGCUAUUGCAGACUCUAGAUCUGGCACUCAUUUAUUGCAUAUGAUCCCUAAAGAUGAUGGUUAUGUAUUGGCAUUUAAAUUACCCAAAACAAUCAUCAACUAUAGACAAGGUAUUGGAUUCUAUCUUGGCCAAGAUGGGUCUUCAGCUGUUGUAUUUCGUUUACAAAAAAUGAAAAGUGCAGAUAAAAUCUUCACUCCACCCCCAUUCAAAAUAUCAAUGGUCAGAUACAGUUUACAUGAACCAGUGUUGAGCAAACCGGAGCAGUAUAUUGCAAUAUCGCUUGACAGAAGCAGCUGCAUACCAAACACUGAUGAAGUUACAAUAUGUGCUUGGUUUCGGUCAUUCCUUGGACCCAACAGUACCAGCAUUAUGCCUAUGAUAUUGUACAAUAUUACAAAAUCCCAAAUUGAAACAGAGUUUGAGAAUUUACGCAAAUAUAAAACUGCUGAAAUAACAGUAAACCAACUGACGACUUCGGCAGUGAAAAUUGAGAUUCUGGAUGUUGAUGGAAAAGUUAUUGCUGAAAGUUCAUCAUUUAUCACUCCGGUUGUUGGGGUUCGGCAUCAAUUUUGCUUGCUCGAAGACAAAAUUACAAUAGAUGGAAUGUCAUAUUCUUUAAAUUUUCAUAAACCGCAGAAAAAAUUCUUUAAUCCAGCUACUUCCACUUUUCUCUCUACUGGACCAUUCAUAGGUCAAAUUGAUGGUCUUGAUGUAUGGUGUGGUAAAAAGAUGAACGGUUUUUUGUUUGGAGAAUCUACCAUUUUUCCUGAAUGCGGAGGGAGUAGAGGUGACCUAGCAUCAAUGCAAUCAAAUGACGUUAUUAUGACAAAAGAUGUAAUAAAGACAACUAUUGAAACAUUUGAAUUAGCAUGCCAAUUUUGUCCUGCAAAAUGGGUGUUACAUCAUUCUCAGUGUUAUCAGUUGAUUAAUGACAAAAAGGCAUCACCUAUUGGGCAGAAAUUUGUAAAUGCAAAUGGUGGAGUUUGCCCAGCUAGCAACAGUAACUCUGCUUCAUGGUCUGUUACCAUAUUUUUGAGUACCACUCACAACUUUUUGUCACGAUAUGUUGAUGCAGUCUUAAAUCAGAACACUGAUGUUGCAUGGAUUGGUAUGCAUCUCAAUAGAUGGAAAACAUGGAAAUGGAGUCAAGACGAUUCCACAGUUUCAUUGUCAUAUUGGGGUGAAGGUGAACCAAAGUUAGGAAAAGGAAAUUGUGCUGUGUAUGAAGCCUCACCAAAACCUGAUAUUCAGUGGACACCUAUUCCAACACAGACUGACAUUACUGUUGGUGCAUCCUCGCCAUUCAACUAUCAAUGGGCAACAAGGCCAUGUAACGAACAACAUCCUUUUAUUUGUCAAAAGUCUAGCACUCAAUUGUUCACAGGAAAAAAAUUCAUGCUUCGUAUCUUCAUCAUUGGUGGAUCCUUCGUCUCGCAUUUGUCUACACCAAUUCAGCUCAAAGAUUUUAGAAAAACUUUGGUUGCGAUGAUGAAUAAGUUAACAUCAGCAACAAAUGGAGAGAUUUCAUAUCAACUAAUCCGAAUUCAAAUGAUUCCAUCAUUAGUAGUAAGAACGGGCAGCAGAACUAUUCUUGAGAAGAGUAUUCUCAGCUGGGUUCCUUUUCCUGGAGAAACCAAUCUUGACAAUAUUAUCAAAUACAUAAAUUCAUUUUCGAAUGAUGCAAAGUAUCGAUAUAUAAACAUCAUUACUUCUGCGUAUGACCAGCAUAUUUCAACUGCUCUUGUUAAAAAAUCAACUUCUUUCACUUUUGCAUUGGGGUUGAUGUCAGCGCAGUCAAACCAUCUAAAAACUCUGUCAUCUCAUGCCUCAUGUUAUGACUUCGCAAGGAACAAUGACAGACAAAGAAUUGCUGUUGCUGAUAAACUAUUGUCAUGUAUUAGAGGUGACUUCAUUGUGGAUGAAAUGCCUUACGUCAUAGCUGGAAAGAGUUUGGUUCGGAUGUUUGAUUUUGUGGAAGGCAGAUCCGCCCAAUCUAAUUUACUGACUACAGAUGCUGUAUUACGAACAACUUCGGCAUCCAGUUUGUCUACUGAUACUUCAACAACAACUAGGUUUUCAGGAGUAACUUCAGAGACCAGUUCUACUUUACCUAAUACAACUAUUGUAUCAUUUUCAACAGAUCUAUCUGCAGUUACAAGUUCGUCGGGUGUGACAAGAGUCAAGAAUAUGACUUCUGAACCAAUCAUCACUGCAACAACUCCUAACCCUUUAUCAAUUUGGACAAGUCAAUACCCAAUCAAUAUUACAACAAUUUCUGUUCCAGAGAGUAAUACUACUUCAUCAUUAAAUAAAACUAACUAUUACUCAACUCUGCAAAGUGUCGCAACCUUCUCAGACAUACCAAUUACAACUCCUUUUUUUACUACUGAAAACAGCACAGUGCUUUCUUCGUCAGAAUUUAUUUCUUCAACAACUAAUGUUACACUACCAGGAAAUGUUUCUGAUGGGCUACAUCUAUGGAAAACGACAACUUUUUCUCUUAAUACCCUUCCAACAAUUUCAUCAACUACUGCACAACUUAUGACCACUAUUAGAACCUCAGCAUAUGAAAAUUCUUCCUAUGGAAUGGUGACAACCACUUCAUCCAUUAGUACAGAAGAGCUCACGACAGUUUCAGUUAGUGUAUCAACAUCUACAUCUGAGAUUAGUACUGCAGUGGUUGCAGUGCAAACAAGCUCUGAAGAUUGUCCAUCUGGGUAUACUGGUGAAGGAUGCAUGGAACGAACAGAGCCUAAAAACGGUGUUGUGGAAGCUACCAGUUCAGAUGACUUAUUUGGACUUUUUCCAUCAGUUUCAAAUAGACGAAAACGAUCUACAAUAUCAUCCAUUCCACUUCAACUUGUUGGAAUAAAAGGAAAAUACGCAAUAAGGAGUCUUUACUCGUGUCCGAAUGGUGCAUUUUGUUUAUGGUGGCUCAAUAUCAUAAAUGACAAGGUCAUGUUUGUUAGUCCCCACAAAGGGUAUAAACUCUGGAAUUUGGUACCAUUGCCUGCUGCAAAUAAAUACCUUGUUAAAAGUCCAGUUGAUGGAAAAUUCAUUUACAAAUCAGGAGCAAAGUUUGGUCUAACAACAAAUACAACAACAGCUACGAUAUUUGGCUUCAAAAAUAUACCAGGUAGUUCUGUAGACACAGUACCAGAAAAGAUGGUGAAAACAUUCAGAGCAGAAUUCUUCAAGUCACAAAGCAAUGAAGCUUACUUGGAUAUUCCUCUUAGCAGUUCAUCAAAUUGUACAAAUACUACCAUCUGUUUUAGUUUUCAAGCUAGAAAUUCAUCUACACUAUCUCAUCCAUUGUUUCGAUUAAAUUGGAGCAUAUCUUCUGUUGUUCUUCCACAGAUCAGCUCACUUCCAAAACAACAAUGGCAUGAUGCUUGCAUAUUGAUUGAAAGCAAGAAAAUAACUAUCUUGAUUGAUAGUUUUCCAACGCCAGUUCAUAAAAGAGAUAUAGCUUUUUGCAUGAAUUCUCUUCAUCUCAUGUACAAUACUAAUGAAACCUUUUUAGGUCAGGUUAAACGAGUCAAUGUAUGGUCAAGGAAACUAAGCACUGCAGAGAUGCAUCAUGUACAUUCAGCUACUUGCGAAUCACAUAUGGGUGACGUUAUAUCUUCAGUCCAGACCUUGAAUGGAACAGGUUUUGCUUCGUUGGAAGAUUCAAUUCCAUUAUCGAUGUGCCGUUACUGCAAAUUUGAUUGGACUUUGUCUAGUGAUUCUUGUUACCAUGUUACCAGUGGCAUAGAAUCAAUUGGUCUUCAGUACUUGAUAGAAGACCAAUGUAAAAAGAAAAUUGAUCCAGCUUCUUAUGGACCAAUAGUAGACAAUGACAGGGCGCACAGUGUAAUUUCCAAUCUGGUUAAAACACAAGCAUCAGCAUUGGAAUGGUCAAAAUGGCCUUUAAUACCUUUCACAUAUAAAGGGCCUGGUAAUGGUUACCAGUGGCUUAUGUUUGGAUCAUCGAGACCAUAUAAUAGCAAAAACACCUAUUGGAGAACAAACUUAACAUUUCCAAGUGCCACAGCGCAAUGUGUAGUAUAUGCACCUACUAAUGUGUCAGAGUUGAAAAUUUGGCCUCCAUCAUCAACAAUCAAGGUGUUAUGGGACAGUGUACACUGCUUCCUUCUCAAGCCAUUUGUCUGUGAAAUGUCGGCUGAUUGCAUUGACCCCCAAAAAAGCAUAAAGGUUGUCAUUGCUAUGCCAAGUUCAGGCCCAUUGACUGUUCCAGUUCAAGAAAAUUUCAGGUUAUUGUUGGCUUAUAUGUUGGAUUUGAUUUCAUUAAAAUCUGCAAACUUCACUUUUGUUGAAUCAAAUAAUACUGUGGAAGUUGGACCCAAGCCUGCUCCAAGAGAGUUUCUGAGAUUAUGGAAGCAAACGACAACAAACUCAUCUGUGAAUCAAACUUUGAAAGAAGUAAUGACAUCCAAAAAUAAAGAUGCAAAUUAUUUUGUUGUGGUUGUCCAGCCUGGAAUCGAUUUGACAGAUGUUAGUACAUUGAUGACCAAUAAAUCUGUAUUUUUGCUUGGUUUAGAAAACACUUCGUUGCCAAACUUGCAGAAGCUAUCAUCAAAGCCUGAAUAUGCAGCAGUGAUACCUGAAAAAUUUGACACAACAUUCAAAAACAACUUAUUGAGUGCAUUCCAUAGAUUUUUACAAGGUUUAUCAUUACCAACAGUAGUUUUGCCUUCAAAUACUGUCACAACGCCACCAGUUCGAUCACCAGUCACAAUCGAUGCCACAACUUUACCAGCUGUGAAAAAAGAUACCAGCACAGCUUUGGUUGUUACACAAAAUGCCACUGCAGCACCGGUUGUAACUAUAAAUCCUACAAGUGCUGUUAUUUACAAUAAUACUGAAUGUUCAAAAUCUCCCUGCAAAAACAAUGGUACAUGUUCACCAGUGCAGAAAUAUGAUUUCAGUUGCGACUGUCCUCCUACUCAUGUCGGGAAGUCUUGCGAGUUUGAAAGUCCAAAAAUCACUUGUGGAGAUACUGGUUUGACGGUAUUGGUUUCUAUCGAUAUUAUCAGAUCUCUUUCAGGAACAUCAAACAACACUACACCAUCUGGUGUUAUUGUGUAUUUUGCAAAUCAACAAAAGAUUUCUACAUGUUCAAUUACAAAGCCAACCACGGAUAAUCAAAAUAAUACUAUGUACAAAUUGUUUGUACCUUCACCAUUCUCAGCUUGUGGUUUAUCAAUUGCAAGACCCUACAAUUCUACAAAUGUAACAAUAUCUGGAAAAGUUUACUAUGAACGAAUCACAACCAUCAACUUUAUUGAUACAUCUGUUCUAAUUGCCAAUCUUAGUUGUACUUAUGUAGUGAAAUAUGGAAUUGGACUUCGACCAGAUGACAUUCUAUCAGCUGUGUUCCAACCAGCUCCAAACAACCUUUUUUCUGCUGAGAUUGAUGAGACUGGCAACAUCAUUGUGCUUUUAAAACUAUUUCUUGAUGCAAAGCACACCAAACAACUUCCAUCUAACCCAAAGUUGAAAAUUGGAACAAAUUUAUAUGUCUUACUCUACUCCAAAUAUCCUUUACCUAACAAGAUGUCAUUAGAUAUUGAAACAUGCUACUUAUCUGCAUAUAAAGACUCAAAAGUAAAGAUCAACAUUGUGGAAUUAUUCAAACAAAACUGUGCCGUACCUAAUGAUAUAUCAAAGAACAUGACUUCAGUGAAAAAAGAUGCAAUUUCAUUCAUGUUUCAAAUUUUUAAAUGGAAGGGAAGUAAUAAACAAAUGCAUCUACAUUGCACAACAAAGAUUUGUGACAUGUCUGUUGGAACUAAAUGUGUGACGAAUUGCACUAAAGUGUUGUCAAGAAGAAAACGACAGCUAGAAAUUGAGAAUGAUAAUGCAUUUACAACUACGUUCAUAAGUUCUGCUCCUAUUCGUACAUUGGCUAGAGACGAAGAUUCUACGGCAGAAGAAACUGAUUCUUCUACCUUGAUUGAAUCAAAAUACCUGGUGACGAAAAAAGAAGUUUAUCCAUAUUUGCUUGCUGGAUUAAUUAUGUUCAGUUUUCUGUUUUUUUCAUUUGUAAUCGUGAUAAUUCUACAUUGCCAACGUAUGCCAAAUCCGGAAACUUAUGCUCAGUAUACAAAACAAAGUUAUCGCAGAGGAGGAAGUAUAUCUGGGUCACUACCUAGAACAUGGACAGUUGUUCAUGCAUUGUCACCUCCACCAAGUGCUGAAGUGACCGAGCCAAAACGAGCUCGGACCUAUGCAAUAUCAAGUGACACCAACAACAGAGUGGCAGAAAUUGCUUCACCGAAUAGCUCUCAAGCCAGGUUUUCCACAUUUCUUGGAGAAUCUCAAGGGGAUGAUGAAGUUCAAAGCUCAGUUAUUGUGGUUCCAGACCGACCCACACAAGUCACGACUACACCUGUGUAAUGUAAUUGUUCAUACCUCAGUUCAAAAAUUGAACCCAGCUGUUUUUGUUCUCCAUGGAAGUAUGUAUUCUUAUUCAUAUUCUGUGCAAUCUUUAUUUAUGAAGUAACCCUAGUUCUGCGUUAAAACAGUCUUGUCGUCAUAUGUACUGACUAAAAGAAGCUGAUUGCCAUGGCGUUUUCUAAUCAUGUUCCACAUAUUUUUCGUUUCUACCUUGAUUUGCUAAUAUUUUUUUCUUUGUCUAAUGUUAUGAAUAUCAAUUUUAAUGUGUUUUAUGUAGUUUAUUUACUUUUUCUAAAUAUUUUACCUUCGUAUAUUAUUUUACUUGUUUCUACACAAAAUGUUUUAAUUAUCAACUUUCUUUUAUAUCUUAUAUUCCGCUGAAUUUUACUUGUGUAUUGCCUACUUUUGUUGAAAAAUGUUUGAAACUUUCAUUUACAUACUCUCAAGGAGAUGUUUGUUUAUCUUUUUUCAAUUGUGAUCUUUCACCUAGGCAGAUGUAAUUAGAGAGAAAGAAUUGAAAUCCUAUGUUUCCAAUUGGCAUAUGUAGUGCUCAAAUACAUGUUCCUAGUAUCCUUAGCAAUACUGUAAAGAAAAAUUAUCUAAAAAUGGAAAGCGAAUACCUUUCUCAUCUAAUCUACAUGCAUUGUUAGAAUGUGAUAAAUCAUGUGCUCAUUGUGAGCAGUUUUUAUUUUGUUUAAUAUUUCUAAUUUAUUAAGUCCUUACUUCCUUAUUCAUUUGUUAUAUUUAUCCAUGUUAUGCUGAUUUUCUUGUUCCAUUGUGGGGCAUUGAUUGAAACAAAUAAAUUACGCCUUGUCUGAAA